AUGGCCCUGCGGCUCAGACCGCUGCCUCCGCCGCCCGUGCUGCUGCUUCUGGCGGCACUCACGGCCGCUACCACCACCUUCCGGCCCGACUGGAACCGUCUGCAUGGCCUGGCCCGAGCCCGGGUGGAGGUGAGUGCGUCGGCGGCCCCCAGCCCGGGAACCACCGUCCCGUUCAGGUCCCAGGACUCUUCCGACUCCCAGGUCCCCAUUGGGUCGGGACCAUCCCUCUCACUCCGCAGCCUCAGGACGCCCUACUCCAGCCACAACCUGGUGAUGAAACACCUGCCUGGGGCCGACCCUGAGCUCGUGCUGCUGGGCCACCGCCACGAGGAGCUGGAGGUGAGGCCUGGGGAGGCGGAUGGGCGUGGAGGAGGCGGGGCGAAAGCCGGGCGGGGCGCGCUG